UGGCAAGUCAUUGGUGCAUUUCCGAGAAAGUGGAAGGGAAGUAAACUCCUCUCCAUGCUUAAGGCCAGCAGUCCGCUAGUAGUAUCACUCGUUUCCUGGUCAGAUAAGCCACCUGACCACGAUGCUAGUGUUCUGCUUGUGGCUCGCAACCUCGGGAAUAUAGUAACAGGUGGCCGCGAUGGUUCCCUCGUAAUCUGGACACUGUCAAAUGAUGGAAAAUUUCGACCGGAGUUACUCUGUUGCGGUCACAGAGGUGUCAUAAAAAAUCUCUGUCUUGCCAACUCUCUCGACCUACGUGAGAAGAGUUAUUUCGUCAGUCAUUCGAGCAAUAAUGAAUUAGCUUUAUGGAACUGGGGUGAUGGAACCUGCGUCAAGUUUAAGCUGGAUUCCCGCUAUCAUCACAUUAAAAUUGAGUCCUACCAGCCAAGUUUCCUGGAUGCUCGACUUCUCUUCUGUUGCGGCCGGUACCCCUGCAUCGUGGUUAUGCAUGCUAUGCAACUUACACCCCUCUACACCCUCUCCUCCACUUCACAACCAGACUGGAUCGCGGAUCUUUCUGUGUUUACACAUUCCAACCUACACCGCAGUCAUCUCUAUUCAAAAGUAUUUGUUGGGUUUCAUAUUGUUUUUGGUGGUGAUGAUGAAUGGCUCCUUUCAGCCCUACUGGCCCUCAGCAAGUGCAUCCAGAUCACACGCUUGACUUGCAUCCACACGCUGCUGGAGCGCGUAUUUUGCAUGCCGGCCGGUCCUCUUGUUUAG